GUGGGAGGUGUCACACUCAACUCCGCUCGGGCGGUAGACACUUUCUGGCUUUUUCUUCUCACCGUUGCGCGUGGGAAAUCGGCCGCUCAAAUUUCUGUACUUUCCUCGGCGGCUUAAGCCACAGAAGAACUGCUUCUACUGUUGGAGGGUGAGGGCGAGCCUCCACUCCCCUCCUUCGCCGAGAUUACAUAUGUAGAUGCUUGGGACAAGAUAUUUAUCUAUCAUAAUUUCUGUGGCAAAAUUAAAGACUUGUCGUGACAAUGAAGAAAGAGGCUGAAUUUGUCAUAUUCACCUAAAGAAAAAUGAUAGACAAAAAUCAAACCUGUGCUACAGGACAGGAUUCAAUGCCCUAUAUGAGUUGUCUGAUUCAUAUAUUUGAAGAAUGGUUUGGAGUGGAGCAAUUGGAGGACUAUUUGAAUUUUGCAAACUAUCUAUUAUGGGUUUUUACACCACUAAUACUUUUAAUACUUCCUUACUUCACUAUUUUUCUUCUCUACCUUACUAUUAUUUUCUUACACAUUUAUAAGAGGAAGAAUGUAUUAAAAAAAGCCUAUUCUCAUAAUUUAUGGGAUGGUGCAAGGAAGACGGUAGCAACUCUGUGGGACGGACAUGCAGCAGUUUGGCAUGGUUAUGAAGUUCAUGGAAUGGAAAAAAUACCAGAAGGACCAGCACUUAUAAUUUUUUAUCAUGGAGCUAUUCCCAUAGAUUUUUACUACUUCAUGGCUAAAAUUUUUAUCCAAAAAGGCAGAACCUGCCGAGUAGUAGCUGAUCACUUUGUCUUUAAAAUUCCAGGGUUUAGUUUAUUGCUUGAUGUAUUUUGUGCUCUACAUGGACCAAGAGAAAAAUGUGUUGAAAUUCUGAAGAGUGGUCACUUGUUAGCUAUUUCACCAGGUGGAGUUCGGGAAGCCCUACUUAGUGAUGAAACCUACAACAUCAUAUGGGGUAAUCGUAAAGGCUUCGCUCAGGUUGCAAUUGAUGCAAAAGUGCCCAUUAUUCCUAUGUUUACACAAAAUAUUCGAGAAGGAUUUAGAUCACUUGGAGGAACAAGGUUAUUUAGGUGGCUUUAUGAAAAAUUCCGCUAUCCAUUUGCUCCAAUGUAUGGAGGUUUUCCAGUGAAGUUACGUACCUAUUUAGGUGAUCCUAUUCCAUAUGACCCAAAGAUAACAGCAGAAGAAUUAGCAGAAAAGACGAAGAAUGCUGUUCAAGCUUUGAUUGAUAAGCAUCAAAGAAUACCGGGAAACAUUAUGAGUGCUUUGUUAGAACGUUUUCAUAGAAAUCAAAAGGUCCACUAGAAGGUGAUUCAGUACAUUUAUAUUAAUAUGUUUAUGUCUAUAGUAUUGUCUUCUAAAUUUUGUAAGUUUUAUAAUCAUGUAUAUUAUAAAAAUCAUGUUAAUAAGCAUCCUUUGCUGAACUCAUUUAAAUUGUAAAUUUUGUUUUUAUUUAGUCAUGUCAAAUUUAAUUCAGUACAUGCCUAAUCAGAAAAUUAUCAUGUUUCCUUUUAUAAAUUCCUAAUAAUGUAUGAUAAACAUAUAGAUUACUAGAGUUAAGUUUAUUAAUAAUAGCAAUUUUGGUUAAAUAAGCACUCCUAAAUAAUGAGUCUAGUUUCUGUAUUUAUUGCACUGAGCUAAUUUUGCAAGACAGUAUAACCUAGGGUUAGUACAGAUGCUUAAGUUAGAAAAAAAUGUUUUUUUGCCUGCCUUUCAUUCCUUUCAUGACCUUGGGCAAAUCACAUAAUGUUUUUGUGACUUGAAAAUUCACUUUUUAAAAAACAUGUUAGGACUAUGGUGAGGAAUAUUAUCUUAAAUUCUUUAUAUUUCUUGUGAUUGUUACAGUAGAAUUGAAAUUAUGAUUGAAUUAAUUAAAUAAUACCAAGAUCUUUCAUAAGUUUAUAUACAUAUUUUGUCCAUAGCAUAUUUAAAUUAUUCCUUCAGGUAUGAUGUGAAGUUGCCAAGCACAAUGACAAAGACGUACUGUUAUUCAAAUUGAAUAAAAAAGAAAGUAAGAAAAGUAAAAUUUACAAUUAUUAUUUUUAAUGAGACUGUAAACAAAUAAUGUGUGUUGUGAAUUGUCAGCCCUAUAAUAUGGCAUUAAUAGUGUGAAGUUAAAAAUCACUGUAAGGUUAAAAGUCACUGUCAUGCUCUUUGUCAGAAGCUGAUUCGAGGCUGAUGAAAGCUGAGUUAAAGAAAACUGCCUUUGCUUCAUAUCAUGGUUUAUUCAGUUUGACUUUGCUACAAGUCAAAUGGCCUAUUGUUUCAGAAAAAAUAUACUUGAAUAAUGAAUUUAUGUGAACAUAAAGCUUUCUGAAAAAUAAAUUGCGUUUGAUAUGUUGUUUCCUUCAAAUCUGAAUUUUAAAAGUAUUGAAACAGAAUAGUUCCAGUAAUCAAAUGCAAUAUCUUCCUCUCCACUUGGGUUUUUAAAAUAUAUUUUUGUAUAACAAGUAUGUAUAUAUGUAUGUAUAUAUUAUAUAUGUAAUAUAAAUAAA